CCUUAAGCUCAAAAGUUUUGGCUUUUUUAAAAAAAAGAAGAAGAAACAUUUCGUUUCCAUGGCUUUGCGAGGAGAUGAGCCUGAGAUUAUGAACCUAAGAGAAUGGGAUAGAAGAGCUCGAGUAAUCCGCGAAAACCCGAGUUCUAGAAGGUUCUCUGCUUCAUACAUUGGAAGCUUCCGAGAAGAUCAUCACAAGUCUUUUUCCAAAACAAACUUCAACAACAUCUCCUGCAGUACUGCCUCUUCUCCUGGCUACACUCUCAAAGAAGAGAUUGACCCUUCAACAUAUUCCUUCACCAAUGCACUUAAAGCGUUACAAGCAAAGACAAUGUAUAAUAGUAACAGAGAAUGGUUAGCGCAAGAAGGGUUUGCGUUGAACUCGAAGUGGAACGAAGCAGAGAAAUAUAUCUGCAACCCAUUGUCUGGAGAAGUACCAAUGGAGUGCUUGUCUGCUAAGACAUUAAGUGCAAGAUCCUUCAGAAACUUAUCCACCAUGUCUGCUCCUCUGCCUUUCCCUAAUCCAUUGAUGAGUAUUGGUCAAAACAAAUCAAUUAAUAAUCCUGACGUUAGAGUCAUCCACGAGGAUCUUUAUGCUCCUGAUCCCGUACUUCUUGCUCUAGCAGAGAAGAAAGCUGUGGGACUGAAGCGAGAUGUGGGCAUUCAGAGUACGACGUCGGUGGAUUUUAGCUCCGGUAGCCCUAGUCCGGCAAAGACGCCUCCGAUCAUGGAACGGUCGUUGAAACGACACGUGGGAGCUGAUGAUUCGCCCGUUGAUUUCAAUCUCAAAUUGGAAGGUCAACAAGAGGAUGUGAAUUUAGAGGAGCAAAAGAGAGAAGAAGACAAGCAAGAUAUGAGUAAAGAAGAAGACGAAGAAGAAGUGAAGCAAGAGAUGAGUGAAGAAGAAGAACAAGAUGAGAAGACCAACAAGAAGAAGAAGAAGAAGAAGAGAGGAACAGGAUGUUUCUCAUGGGUGAGAUCCAGGCAUAGACAAGCAAGAAAAUCAAAGUACAUCUUCCCUGUUUGUGUUCCUCAUCUAGUCAAAGGUUGUUGAGAAAACCUUAAACCCAAGAGAAUCAAGCAACAACAAGAAAGAGUUAACUGUGUUUGCAA